CCCAAAACAACUCAUCAUCUUUCAUACCAUUCAUACCCUUUCUCUCUGGUGCUGGAUCAGAGAGAAUUAGAUAUGCAUUGGUGGAAGAAGAUGAGGAGACUAAGAAGAGUUUGGAUCUCUGUUUCUUCAAAAUUCAAGCCUCGCAAAUCUAAAGGUGGUAGAGGUGGCGGCAAAGGAGCUGCAUGCGGCGGCAGUGAUGGUGGUGGCAGUCUACUAAAUCUAGAGGACGAUGUACACACUUGUGAGUAUAAAGAUGUACAGGUGAUGUGGAACCUAUUGAAUAGACACAAGCUUGAGCAUGCAGAGGUGGCCACUGCUGCAGCAUUUGCUAAGCCUAUUAAAUGCAGCUAAUAGGCUACAAGAGGAUUUCUAAGAGGCUUUUCUUUUGGUCAAAAAACAGAACUGUCUCCCAUUAUCUUCUACCUUGUUUUGUUCAAUCCUACAUAAUCAACUAGAGGUUCCUAG